AUGAAGCGUGAAGGAAACGACGCUCAGAUUUUAGAGGUCAAAUUCUAUUGCUCGGAGCUUGGUGGUAGCCCUUGCACUGUAGUCCCGCUCGCCCCAGGAGAGGAGCCAAGUCCUGGAAAAGAUGUCGAGCCAAAAGAGGACGACCUGGGGUACUGCGGCUGGGAAGGAGGCCGAGGUGGACCAGCGCACCUUGCGUUAACGGAAGGCCCCACGCCCAUACGACCCGCCAUCGCGUUCAAUCUUUCUUGCAUUUCAGGCGGAAUAUCCAUAGGAGGGAUGCUAGGUAGCAACAGAGCGCCUAGCGUUAUAUUCUCUAGUGACGAGUUGCCAGAUGGAGCGGGCACUAUGGUUGAACCGAUCAAAGGGGCAGGAGCGAGAAAAUACUGGAGACCAGUAUUGGAUGUGGUGGUGGGUGGGGGCGGGGAGCACAGCCCAAGCGGCGCGGCAAAGGCUUAA